AUGGCGCUGUCGCGUGAGUCGCGCACGCGUCCAUACGGCGCGUCUCCCUGUGGGACGUGCAUCGUCAACAGCGGCGCUGUCUACCGCUCUCCUUCUCGUGAGGCGUUCAUUGCUCACCCAGGCAAAGGGAUCAAGACGAAGAGCGGAGGCAGCUAUGGCCUGCUAAGAGAAGAGCUGGAAGUCACGAAGGGGAGGCUAUUCAUGAAGGAGGACAUGUGCAACCAGCUUAUCCAGGAAAACCAGCAGUUGCUCAAGAGCCUACAAACAUUGAGGCGAGAAGAUGAAGAGCACAUACACAAAAUCAAAUGCGAAGCGGCCGAGGUGGUGCAGAAGCUCUUGGAGGAGGAGAAGCUGCUGCGAGAGGCAACGGAGACCAUGCAGAGCAAGCUCUUAGCGUCAGGGGAAAGCCUCAAGCAGAAACAGGCCCAACUGGCGGCAACCCAGCAAAAUCUUGGAAAAGCGGAGGACCAAGUGACAGUGCUGAGGAGAUUCACUGAGGCUCUGCACGAUCAACUCGCGGCCCUGGAGGAGGAAAGAAACCAGCUGCGCAUGAGCUACACGGACAUCAAGAAAGCCCUGCAGACGUUCGCAAGAGAUAUCGCUGCUUCCAAGUUCAUCAUUAAUGGAGACUGCGACUACGAGGCCCUCGUGCGCACAGUCAGCGACGGCAUUCGACGCCUGGAGGUCGACGUUCUGUCGCUCGAUGCCAAUCUGUUCAAAAAGGGGCUGCUCACGGAGGCUCCGGCAGAGCUCUUACUUGAGCCUCUAAAUACACGGAUGGUCCCUUUCACGAAGGUGGAGAAGGCGCAGAGAGGCCAGCGUCUCUGGCAGAACAAACAGGAGAAAGAGGAGCGAAAAGCUGUGCAGCAAGCAGCGGAGAUAAAAAUGCUGAAGAGCGAGCUGGACGACAGGAAUCGGCGGAUCGUCCAGCUCAGGCUCAUCAUCAGCUCGAGAAAAGUCAAAGAUGAAGACCUACGCAGUCUCGCCGAAAAGUACCGCGAGCUGACCGAACGCCUUGCAAACGUCGAGAAGGAACGCGACGAUCUGCGGAAGUGGAAGAACAACCACAUUUUCUACCAACGCCGCGUGGCCCCAGCGGCCUCUGUCUCUCGCGCGCCGGCGUCGUCGUCAUCGUCUUCUGCGUUGGUCAAGGCGCUUGCGUCCCGACAAGGACUUUCUGGUAGCCUCUCGGUGGCGUCAGUGGCGAGAAAGAGACGCGAACUGAGCGCCAGAAGCUCUGCGACCCCCGGGGCGUCGCCGAGACGUCUCUCGUUGCCUCGGGCUGGGAGCGCGGCUCUCGUGGGCGAAGACCGUCCCGCGCUCUUCGCCUCCCGCCGCGGAACCCAGACGAUCGAGGAGCGCGAUGGGGAGGAGACUCUCGGCCUGCCGCCGAGGGGGCGGCGAACAGGAGAGAAAUCGAGUUCCGCCCGCGACAAGGCCCUGUCGCCACCGUCGCCGUCGCUGGGGACAGGCCGCCGACUCUCGCCCUCCGUUUUCCGUUCGUCCUCCUUCGAGGGGUCUAAUCUAUCGCGCGGAUCGAGUCCUAGCCCUCCUCACGCUCUUCCGCGAACGGUGCGGCCGCUGCAGUCCACGACACCGCGGUCGUCUCGACUCGCGCUGCCCGAGACGGGGGCGUCUCCGCGCAGGGCGCGAGAGAUGACGCGGACACAGAGCCCGCUGAGAGACAUGACGCCCGAGAUGGCGAGUGUGUUCCUAGGGGGAGGCACUACAGGCGAGGAAGGCGCCCGCAGACCAGCCGAAAGAGAAGGGGGGACGCCCAAAGGGAAGGCCGUUAGUGAAGCGCCCGCGGGGAGCUCGGUGGCAGACGCCGUCAGCGCAAUGUUCGAGGGCUGGAGAGGGGAGGAGACUGCAGACAAGAAGAAACCAGAAGACACGAAGAGUCCUGCACAGGACAGAGACGGCGACCUGGGCGUCCCCGCUUCUCUCCGCGACCGGAGCCGCACGCGUCCGACAGCGUUGUCGGACCGACUGCCGCCGGCUCUUCAGGGCUUGCUCUCGCCGCGAACGACGACGGGAGGAGGACGGGACAAAGGCAGAGAAGACAGGGAUCUUGUUGAAGGAGCUGAGCGCAGGACUGCAGACGAGUGGGAAGACGAGCAAGUGGUGACUGUUCAUCAGAAAGGUCUCUCCGACUUCCUUGAGCCGGUUCCGGUCUCCCUCUACCCUCUGGCGGGGUCAAAGGCGACUCAGAGAGACAGCCGGCGCACAUCUCGACGAGACGAGGAGCGAGAGAAAGCCCGAGGCAGGGGGGGUCGGUCGGGGGCGUGCAGCAGGACUAGUGUGGCGUCACUCUCUUCCUCGCCGAGCAGAAAGCGGUUUUCGUUCGGCUCCGCGUCUCCCACGAGAACGAUGCGAAGUCUCCUCGGCACGACGCGCACUGUCGCAGGCCCAGCAACGCAGGUCGCAAGCUCGCGGAGCUGCGUGCGAGACCGAGGCGACACGGAGGAAGCGGCGUGGAGCGAGGCUUCAGAGAGAGGUGCAGGCGCGCGCGAACGGUCUAGCAUUGGGACGCGCGAGGGCAUCGCGGCGUUCUUCGGAGUCGCCGGACGACGCGAGGGCGAGCCGCGCACUGCGGCUCGCCGGAAAGAGGGGCGAACGAGUCCCGAGAAGUCCAAGUUGGUUUUACGCCCGCAUCUGGGCCCCGUGCAGAAGCCGGACAUUCCGCGGCUCCGCGCACGCGGAAGCAAAGACACGCUGCGAGACGAGCGCGAAGAGGUCGCGUUUCCUCCCGCAUUGUCGCUGCCGUCCAAAGAGCGAGAGCGCUCAUACGCGGAUAGGAGCGAGCCCGCAGACAGCGUCAGCGCGAAGCUGUGGUCUGCGUCGUCUCUCGACUCGAAGACUGUCGAGCUCAUCGCAGGCCGCCUCCCCAAGGCUGAGCCGCUCGCGUCGCGGAUCGCCGAGCGCCGCAUUCAGCGGCGGCGGGACAGCGACGUCUCCAGAGACCGCGUGUCGGUUUCCUACAGCUCGGCGCACUCCGAACUGCUUCUCGAGAGUGAAGGCGGGCGAGGUAGCGGAAGCUCGGCGACGAGCAGGGCUCCGGCCGCUGAGGCUCCAGCAGAAGACGCGCGGCGGCUGCUGGGCGUGAGUGAGGAGCAAACCAAGUUCUCAGGGGCUGCCGGAGAGCUCCACGGUCACCUCAUUGCGAAGGAACAGCGCGUUGUCGUGGAGACACACGGCGAACUCGCCCAGGGUUCCUGGGCAGCGGCAGCGGGGCUGCGCGUGGUGGGUGUCGGCGUUCGCGGCUUCGCGAGCGAGGAAAGAAGAGCCGAAGAGGCGGACGACGGCAUCGAAGUGGCGGAGAUAACAGAUGACAACGAAAGAGCGAAACCCGUCAGAGCCUCUCACGAGGGGAAGGGCGGAAGCGGACGUAUGCCAGGCGCCUCUGGCGGCGGGGAGUGGGACGCGGAGGCUCAGCGCGGGCGGUUUCGAAGCGGAGACGAGCGAGUCGGAGCGGGCAUCAAAGAGGAGGGAGCGAAAACGCCGUCCUUUGCGCGUGCGUCCGGAUCGGAGGAAGUGGUGCGGGCACUGGACGUCGACGAAGCCAGGGCGCUUCGCCAGAACAUGCGCCACGCUCCGUUCAACGAGCAGCGGUGGAGCGGCUCCGUGGAGCAACGAAGACAGGAAGCUGCGAGCUUGGCGGCGACCAGCGGAAGGGGCGGCUCGGCGGCCUCCGAGCCAAGGGGAGAUCGCGCUGCGGCGAAGGCAGGGGCGAUGCAAGGAGAGACGAAAGCGGUGAGCUUGACCAGGGGAGACUCUCUCUCUCGGCCUCCCGCUGCGUCUGCCUCUUCGUCUUCGUUUCCCACGCUCGCUCGCAGUAAAACCCUCGUGCCGAAGGCGAGACCGAAGCGGAUGACAACGCUGUCGAAGGACACGAAAGAACUGGCGAGCCAGAAGAGCGGCGAGUCUCUAGCGGCAAAGUUCGUGCUGAAGAUCGCACACCCAGAUCAAACUUCUGGAGAGAAGCAGGGAACCGUGGAGGAAGGGGAGCGGCUUGACACAGGAAAGGGGCCUCAGGAGAGAGACGAGGAGGUGCAGCCGUCUCGCCCGGGGGUCGACAAAGCAGGUAAAGCGAUGGAGUCGCCAAAAGCGCGUGCUGCCAGGGAGACGAAAGAUGCGGAGACAACGGCGGGAAACACUGCUGCGACGGGAUCCCCGUCCGUGGUUCAACUGAGAGUUAUUAGAGCAUCCUCGUCUUCGCUGUUUGCAGCCCCAGGAGGGAGUGGGGAGUCGGCGCGAGUAACGGCACUUGGAAACAUACACGAGGUGGAAGAGGAAUGA